AUGACCUCAGCCAUGACAGCUUUACCAGGACAAAUCCCAUACUGGGCUGGAGGUGCUGCAAUUGGUUCAUCGCUCGGAAACAGAUUACUUGGAACUGAUCAACAGCUAAGUAACUUCGGACUUCUUAGUUCAGGUGGUCUUAGUGGUUUUGGUUUGGAGAGUUUAGGUCUCGGUGGUUUACAGAAUCUUGGUAGCUUUCAAAGUCUCGCUAGCUUGCAAGGUCUCGGUGGCUUACAAGGCUUACAAGUAAUUCAAAUACCACUUGACAAUACUGUCAACAACAAUAUGUCGCCCUGUACAGCGUGCAUAAUUUGUUCACCGCAAAGUGCGUCAACAAGUAUGUUUGUUUUCGAAACUAUUCAAAUAUAG